CAGCCUCCCUCAGCGCCGGGCCGCGAGGAGCCGCCGGGGCCAUGCGCGCGCCGCGGCGCUGAUGCCGGAGGGGCGGCCCCGGGCGUCUCCUCCCCCUUCCGGGCUCGCUCCGGCCGCCGCCGGGGGCCAGCGGGGAGCGCAGCGCCCGCGAUGAGCUAGGGGCGGGCCCAGCCGAGCGGCAGGCCCCGCUUCCGCCCUCCGCCCCGCCGGCCGCCCCGGGACCAUGCGGCUCCGCAUCUACAAGCGCAAGGUGCUGCUGCUGGCGCUGCUGGUGGCCGCCUGCGGCCUGGCGCUCUGGGGCAGCCACGGCCGCCAGCGCAAGCCCGAGCCCGCGCGGGACCCCGGCGAGCCGCCCGCGCCCCGCGCCGCCAGCCGGGCGGCCGAGCUCGCCUCCGCCGCCAGCCGCCGGGCCGCCAACGCCUCGGCGCCGCCGCCGCCCCGGGCCGAGCCGGCCAACCGGACGCUGAGCUACCGCUCGCUCUUCUACCAGCUGAACUUCGACCAGCCCGUGCGCAACCUGGCGCGCUUCCCGCGCCGCCCGCCCGGCGAGCUGGUGCUGGUGGUGCAGGUGCACGAGCGGGCCGAGCACCUGCGGCUGCUGCUGGACUCGCUGCGCCGGGCCCCGGGCGUGGAGAACGCGCUGCUGGUGCUGAGCCACGACCUGUGGUCGGAGGAGCUGAACGGGCUGGCGGCGCAGGUGGAGUUCUGCCAGGUGCUGCAGAUCUUCUUCCCCUUCAGCGCCCAGCUCUACCCCCGCGAGUUCCCCGGCCACGACCCCCGCGACUGCCCGCGCGACAUCGACAAGAAGGCGGCGCUGCGCCUGGGCUGCAUCAACGCCGAGUACCCGGACUCCUUCGGCCACUACCGCGAGGCCAAGUUCUCCCAGACCAAGCACCACUGGUGGUGGAAGCUGCACUUCGUGUGGGAGCGGCUCCGGGCGCUGCGGGAGCACACGGGGCUGGUGCUCUUCCUGGAGGAGGAUCACUACCUGGCCCCUGACUUCUACCACGUCCUCAAGCAGCUUUGGGCGCUGAAGCAGCAGGAGUGCCCGGAGUGCCAGGUCCUCUCCCUUGGCAGCUACAACGUGGUGCGGGGUGGCUUCUCCGGCAAAGCCGACAAGGUGGAAAUGAAGACGUGGAAGUCCACCGAGCACAAUAUGGGCAUGGCCUUCAGCAGAGACACGUACCAGCAACUGAUCGAGUGCACAGAUGCCUUCUGCACAUAUGACGACUACAACUGGGACUGGACGCUGCAGCAUUUGACUAUCUCUUGUCUUCCAAAAUUCUGGAAAGUGCUAGUACCCGAAAUCCCCAGGGUUUUUCAUACAGGGGACUGUGGCAUGCACCACAAGAAAGCCUGCAGACCAUCCAGCCAGAGUGCCAAAAUCGACUCGCUCUUAAGCAGCAACCAACAGUACCUGUUUCCUGAAACAAUGAGUGUCAGUAAAAGGUACUCCAUGGCACCUCUCUCUCCUCACGUGAAAAACGGAGGGUGGGGAGAUAUUAGAGACCAUGAACUCUGUAAAAGUUAUCGCAGACUGCAGUGAAAAUCACUCUCAACUAGCCUCUCUUUUGAAUUAUUCCAUACUGUCUUAUGGACAGAAGUGUAUAAAAGGGUUUCUGGAUUGGUUUCUGCUUUAAGAUGAAUAAAUAUUCUUGUAAAAGGUGUCCAAAACUAGUAAUCUUUCAUGUUUCUCAGUUAAAUUUUUUAAAUGGGACAGGCUCUAUUGCUGAGAUCAGAUGGAAAACAAAAUUUAAGCCCAGAUGCAGAAAGUGGCCAUUAUGCUGUGCUUACUGACAAGGAUAAACAACAUUAAAAUGCAUCUGUUACAUUAGAGGGCUUUUCACUUGCAGAAUCUCUUAAACUCCAUGCAAAAUACAUUUUGAAAUGAGCAAAUCCCUAAUAUUCAAAGUACUGAGAAGAGUAAGGGUGGAAUGGAAUAAGCUUGACUGAACUCUAGUCAGGUCUCAGUCCAGCAGCCGUGUACUGUUUUAAAUAACGUUCUCAUUGUUUAAAUUCAGUGACAUUAAAGUAAAAUCAUUCAGCAUUCCACAAGCUUGUACUAUUUUAUUAGGCUUGCUUGAGAUUUGGUGCAUAUCUGCAACAGCAUUCUCUUAUUUGCUAUGUAUUUGAUUAUAUGAAAAGGGACAAAUCAUUGCUCAGUUUAAUGUAGAAAUAUACUUUUUUUAGUUCUGCCAAAAUAAAAUUCACAUUUGUAAUACCAUGAAA